AUGAUAGAGUGGUAUCGUCUCGAUUAUACAAAGAGAGUGUCCGACACCCUGACCUGGAACGUUUUCUACAACACCCACCUCGAUCCCGAUGUUCUAACUUUACGAAUGGAAGAAGAAAAGCUCUUCACUAAUAUUCUGCGCGUGCAGACGGGUCUUAGGGAGGUGUUUAUGGUCAUAAUCUCAAGGUGCUGUCUCAUAGACCUGCAUAAAUUAUGGAAUAAUUCUUCCAUGACCCAAUUCUGGGUUCGUUGGAAUGAGUAUUUCCAAGUCAAGUCAGAACCCUUUUCUGUGCUCCGGUUUCACUUUGAGAUGUCCGACGAAGACAUCAGAAUCAUGCAUGAUGUUGCUCAAAAAUGGGCCAUUGGCUUGGGUGCGGGUGAUUACCAGGAAGCUAAUCGCCCAUUUAUGCGAAAAGUCUUCCAGUCGGAAAACAUGGAGCCCGAGGUACCCCAUUGGGAGGAGCUUCUUGAGUUGAUGAAUUAUUAUCUCACGACAGUCGAAAAAAUGGAACAAAGCUUUGAUACCGUAUUUCCCUCGAACCCCACUGAAAUGUCGCCGAAAAGACAGGAUGUAGAGACGUGA